UUGAUCAUGUCCAGACCACUGAGAAAUCCAGGAGUAUGUUUGCUAACCAGCAGACAGGGGCGCACUGGGGGCACCACCUGGCCGAGAGCAGGGGUCCCUGGGCUGAGGAGGGUGGACCUCCCUUUAGAGAGAGCAGGCUGGAGCCUGUGGAGAGGAGGGCACCAACUUACCAGGAGGAACUGGAACAGCAGAUCCAGGAGAAGCAGGAGUGCCGGAGGCUGGAGAAGGUGGAGAGGGACCGGGCUGAGGCCAAGAUGGAGGCCGAAAUAAGAAACUAUAACCCAUGGGGCCGGGGAGGGUGCGGCGCACCCCUCAGAGACACCCGAGGGGACCUCAUUAGUACGUUCUGA